AUGCAUGACGUCGAGCUGAAUAUCAAAAAGAAAAAGCCAACGACGGGGCAAAACAGGGGUCACGUGCAAAUAAGUUUUCUGGCAGUAAAAGACGGUGAGGAAGAGGCUGACCAAUCACCGCUUUCCGAAAGUGGAAGCCCACGCCAAGACUCUCCGAGCGGCAGAAAAUACGCCGGACUUACGUUUCUCCGUCGCCGACCGCCUCGUCGUGCCGAUCUUUACCAAAAGAGGAAUCGAGAGGGUGGUCCCUGCGUUUUGCCUUUCUUUUUUUCUUCAUCAUCGACUUUCUUUCUUCUUUUCACCUUUCGACUUCACCAACUUCACGACAAGCCAGAGCAGCGUCGUUCCUCGCAGACAAGCACCCCUUCACCAGACACAGAGACCACCACCCGUACCAAAUAUCGUCGAUUGCCCUUUUUCUCUUCUUGCCAACAUGGCGGUCGCUGGGCUCUAAAUUCUCCCUGCUGGGGGGGCAUCGUACCCUCUAAGGGACCCCCCAGCCCGAGAUUAGUCCAACGAGUUCAAACAACAAGAAAAGAAAGAAGAAAGAUUCUACCAAAUCGACCUCGACGAUAUUUGAAGAUAACUCUUUCGACGACUUCUGCUUCUACCCCGAUACUAUAUUUUCCUAUCCUCUUUUGGCUGUUUAAACAGGUGUAUCGAGGCUCCUUCGACAAGAUCAAAUUCCCACCUACAACAAACCUUAAAAAAAUCUUGAGAUCAAAAAGGGAAAAUUUUUCCCUCCCUCCAACAUUGAUAACGCAAAAGAAAAGGAGGGUGAUCAAGGACAAAAGAUCGACAAUGGGUCGUUCCGGGGUAAAGACAUCUCGGCCAUCGUCGUCCAUGUCUCGUUCAAAACAGCGCCGCCAAACCAUUAGCGGAAAAUCCCGUUCGUCGCAGCUCAAACUUAGGCUGAAGAAAAACAACAAACGCAGAGCGCCGCCUUCUAUCUCGAGUGAUGAUUCAUCCAGUGAAGAUAUGAAUUCUGGUAACGAAGACGACGACGACGAAGAUGGCGGGGACUCGAGUGAAGAUGAUGAUGAAGAUUCCACCCCAGCAGCGUUUGCCCCGUCUUAUGGUGGCAAGAAACGACUUGGCCAUAAGACGGGGCGUACUGGUGGGAUUUCUUUGUUGCAGGACAGGAAGCUGAAGGGUGAGCAGGAUGCUGCUGCUGACGAGGAUGUUAAUGAAGAUGCAGUCUCGGUCAGCUCUGUUGGCUCUGUUAGCCCCGGUGAUAUCGACGAUUCCGACGACUCUGAUGAUUAUCAGGGUGUUGAUGAAGUCAGUGAUGGUGAAGACGAAGAGUUGAUGCUGGAGAAAAUCGAAGAGGAGAUCAUUCUGGAAUCUGAAAAUGAAAGGUCUACGUUAAGCAGGCUGGCCGGUAGUGUCAGCGGAGGGGACGAAUGGACGGGGUUGGAUGACCUUGAACACCGUCCAUUCUACUCUGCUGGCUCUUUCUUCGAUGAUGAGCAUCUUCUCCUACAGUCUGGAGGACACAGUGACGCCGUUGAUGCAGGAAUGACCAGCGAGGCGGCUGAGACACCUGUUCAACGACGAGUUCACUUUGAGACGGAUGACUCGUCCGACUCUGAUAAAUCUAGUGAUGAAGAUGAGCUAUUUCCCGACUUUUUACAUCAGGAUCAACUUGACCCUGAUCUACGACGCAUGAUCGAGACGGAUUCCACUCCUGGGCGAUCACAAAGUUCCCUUGAUCUGUUUGUCAACAGUGACUUCUGUGACUUGCCUGAUAACAUCUAUCAUGUGGAGGAGUCCGAUAACUCGAUGGGAAGCUCGAGUGGCUAUGAAUCUGAUGAUGGUGAAACCACUGAUGAGGAGGAUUACCUUCCCCUGGCUACCAUCACUCAUCCAAGGUCCCUUCUCCGCAGAGAGUCGAGUGCCUCACUCUCCGGGGAUGAGGAAAACAAGGCUGACUCUUGUGUUCCUCAGCGAGGACCUCUGAGAGGAACCUUCAUUGCUGAUCCACACAAACCAGUUGCUGUCGUUGCUCCCAACGGCAGACAGCUGAUUCUUAUACCUCCAUAUGCAUCUUCCCGCCAUGAGUGGCUCGAAUCAGCUGCCGGUAGCCUGGCUAACACUGCCAACAACUCGCCUCGUACUAGUACGAUGCACAAUGUCGACGACAGUGAUACCGAUGCACUGGUAUCUCCUCGUCACACCGACAUGAGCCCUAUGUUAAGCUCCAAUGCCAACCUUAUGAUGAGUGCACUGGGAAAUGACUCGGUAGGCCAGGUCACGGGCCCUCCGGAGGCAUUCUAUCCUACCAACGGCUACUUGAUGGAUGCUAGUUUCGAUGAAGACGAGGAUGACAGCGAAGCUAUGCUUAACGUCGAUGACUUCAUCAACUUCAGCGAUGAUUCGUCUGACGAUGAAAGGGAUGACUCGGACGAACCAACUUCCCCAGCUGCUACAUCUACUAUUGGUUGUCAGACACCAACACCUAGACGUCCUUCUGGUACUGCAACAGACAACGACGAGACCCCUACACAGGCCAGCAGUGCUGAACGACUUCUCAACCACCUUGAUCGCGGCAUUGUCACUGCCUUCCGCCGCAAUCAUAAUAGAUACCAGGCACUGAUCCGUCUCCCCCAUCACAGGGAGUUUUUACCUGCAAAUUCUCCAUCUCAGCCUGCAAGUGCCUUCAAACGCUCGAAUCCUCGCACUCCCACCAGAAAGAGACAGGCGAGCACGUACCUUGGCAGUGAGGCUGUCCGGAGAAAGCUGGUAGACUCACAUCGCAGCAGAAGAAACACUGUUGCUUAUUGA